ACAUACACCCUGUCACGGGACGGAUUAGCCAAGGGACCAAAGGUGGACGCGGUAAUGAAAAUAGAACCGCCAAAAGACGUUCCGACUCUUAGAUCAUUUCUAGGAUCAAUUCAGUUUAUGGCAAGUUCCCACCAGAUCUAGCAAUGGUCAUGGAACCAUUGACAACUACCCAGUUGCUAGAGGAAGAUUUCUCACACUUUGGCUACCCGCACGUCAUAGUUUCGGACAACGCUACCACCUUUUCCUCACAGGAGUUCAAAACCUGGUGCCAUGAAAGAGUAAUGGUGCAUCUGACGGGAGCACCUUAUCAUCCAGCCACCAACAGUGCCGCUGAGAGACUUGUCCAAACAUUCAAGCGUUUCUUGAAAAAGUCCAAGAAAUCUCCUAAGGAACCUCUUCAGGAAUUUAUUAUGCAAUACAGACGUUCGCCAUUAGCUAAUCGAUAUUCGCCCAGCGAAUUACUCAACAAUCGGCAGAUACGAACCAAGAUUGAUACACUAUUGCCGUCCCCGGCACAUGAAGCUCAAGAACGCCAAGCUCGAGAAGCCACGAAGUCAAAGGCCAAAGAGUUUCAACGCACGGUACAACGUCCAUAGGCACUACCAAGUAGGAACACCAUGUUAUGCACUCUACUGUUGGCCAAGACGCACCAGUGACCCUAGAUGAGUUCCAGCAACCGUAAUCAAAGUACAGGGUUCCCGGAGCAUGAAUGUAAGGGUACAUCCGCGUGAACCUAUCUGGCGGCGUCACUUAGAACA